GAUCUACGUGUUUUCUCAAGUUCGCAUUUUUGUUUUUUGUCGCAGGCAGCGCAAUGGCACGGGUGGUACGCGGGGUGAACCUGGACAGCUUGGAAGAUGAGUUCAAGCUCAUGGAAAUUCUGGAUGCGACGGAGGACUUUGAAGAGAGGAAGGUGGUCCGCUCCAGGCUGCAGGAAGUGAAGGCCGUCAACCGAGCGAAGCGCGAGGCCCUGGUGCGGAACCGCGAGCAGGAGCGCGAGAAUUCGAUCAAGCAGCGGCAGCAGGAAGCGGCCGAGCACAAGCAGCGCACGCUGGCCAUGUACGACAAGAUGGCCAAGUCGGCGCCCGCCGGAGGGCCCAAGCACAUGGACCUCAACAUCCUCAGGGACGGCAUGGAGAGCUCGGAGGACGACUCGUCGCGCAAGGUGGACCUGGUGGAAGACGCCAUCAAGCAGCGGCAGAUGGAGGCCGACCUGCGCAAGAAGCGCAUCCUGGCCGCCUACGACGCCGCCGCCAAGUCCGGGCCCGCCGGAACCGUCAAGACCGUGGACUUCGACUCCUUCAAGAAGGCGGACGUGUCUGGUUACGAGCCCCCCAAGCCCACUGGCGCCAUCACGGGUAGCUCGACCUUCAGCGCCGCCGGUGGAGUGCCCAAGAUCGUCAAAGAGCCGCCGAAGAAUGCGUUUGCCAAGUUCCAGCAGAUGGACUCCUCAGCUAACCGUGGAAGGCCCGCAGCUGCCCCCAACUUCCGUGGUGGCAGCGGGGGCGUGGCUCGCAGCGCCAGUGACAUCAAGGAGAUGCUGCUCUCCUGGUGCAAGAACAAGACCAGGGGAUACGCCAACGUGGACGUGCAGAACUUCUCUACGAGCUGGAACGACGGCAUGGCCUUCUGCGCCCUCAUUCACCACUUCUAUCCGGAGGCGUUUGACUUUGACCAGCUGGACCCCAAGAACCGGAGACACAACUUCGACCUGGCCUUCCGCACGGCCGACGAGCAAGCCGGCAUCGCACCUCUGCUGGACGUCGAGGACAUGGUCCUGAUGAAGAAGCCCGACUGGAAGUGCGUCUUCACCUACGUCCAGAGCCUGUACAGGAACCUGGUGAACAAGGACUGAGCGGCCAACAAGGAUUCCACCCGCAGAGGAGGGCUCUCGAGUUCUCGGGACUGCAUGCAUCGACGACGUGGGCGGGUACCCAGUCGACGGGCACCGCGGUCUUCUUCAAACGCUCGAUGCUUCUUUCCGGAGGAGGGAACGUUCCAUCGUUAUCGCUUAGUCGUUAUCAUUUGCCAGCAUGCAAUUGCGCCAGAGGGACGGUGCUCCCUGCUCGGACAACCAGCAAGCGCAUAAGCACAGAACCAGCUUCGUUUUAGUGUAGGUUUUUGUUUGACUUUUUUUACUGCGUAAUUUGUAGGUUUUAACAAAGGACAAAGAAAUACAAGACGAUUGUGAGCAAGCUGAUUGGAAUAGAGCAGCGGGACGCCAGUCCUGGAUAGGCAAGCACAAAUAUAGAGCUCAGAUCGUAUAUACACAACCUGAACUCUGACCACAGGCUUGACCACAUACCACGGGGCCUCACACUCAAAUCAAACGUGGGGGUUUAAACUUUUUUUUUAAUAAAUUCAAAUAAAAAAAUAAAAAAGAAGCCGGAGGAUUAAAAGAAGAUCGUCAUGUCUUGCCAAUGGCGGACUGUUCAGCUCUGAGCUCUGAGGCAGAGAAUAUGAAAACUUUAAAAUAUGUGUGUAUAUUUUCCCAUGGCAGAUACAUUCGAAUAAUGUUCCUGCAGAUAAGUUUACAUCCCUGACUUGUGCAUCGUCAUUACAAUGCUGCCGUGAAGAAUUGGUCAUAAUGUUUUUAAUAUGAAAAAAAAGUUUCUUUUAAACCAAAUAAGUUUUUUAGGCUUGGCUAAUUAUGGUGCUGCGUGAACUUUUAUUCGAGUGUGUUUCUUUUAUUUUUAGAGUAUCAGCUAGUCAAGAAAGUGUCGUUUUUUAUUAGUUUGUGUAUUGUACGUUAACUAUAGUUUCUUGAUUUUAUUACUCGAUUGAAAUGCCUUUAUUUUUACUCAGUUGUAUAUAUCCUGAAUUGUAAUUGUGGCACUGAUUCAUUUUUUUUUU